UGAAUCAUUAUUUUGCAAAUCCCAAUGUUUUUAUGAAGAAUUCUUAGCUGAUGCUGAAGGAAAAAAUUGAAAUCCAAAAUAUUCCUUCACUUUCCUUUUUAUAGGAAGUGACUCAGCUGACUUAAGAGGGUAAUGUACUACAAGGUCUUGCAUUUCCUUAUGAUUACCAAACAAAGGUUGCAUUCUUUUUUUAACAAUAAGACAUUAUUGGAUCAACUUUUAGGAAAAUAAAUUUGAGGAGAGAUUUAGCUUCAAAAUGGUGGGCCUGAUUGUUGCAGAUGUGAUCCCGGUGGUAACUCAGUUAGGGACCUGUGAUAUUGAGCUCUGUUUCGGCGACAUUGCUAAACUUCCUGUAGAAGAAAAAGUUGAUGUUGUGGUUGUUUCUGCCUUUAGAGGAAAUUAUAGGGCAACACCAACAUCAUUGAUUGGGGCCUUGAAACGAAGUCUAGAUCUUGGAGUUGGGAAGCUUUCUCUAAACAAAGAAGAAGAUCUACGUGAGAUACACCACUGCUGGUGGACUCCUGUGCUGCCUAAACACCUGCCAUUCAAACGACUCAUGUGUUUUGAAGCUAAGCAUGUAGGUUUUUCUAGGCCUCAAGAACUUGUUGGAGAUGUGUUUCGUUGUCUGAUUCCAAUUCUGAACAAUCAAGAUGGUUCCGUCAUUACACCUCUACUUAACACAGGGGACCAGGGGUACAGUAAAAAGAAAAUGAUGAACGGAAUGGUGGAAGCAGCAGUGAACUGGAUGAAGGCUGGCCUACCAUUGCGCAAGCUAAAGAUUGUGCUGUAUGCUGCAAAUGUGGACGAUAAACAGGCAUUGCUAGAGAAAAACAAAGGAAUAUGUGAACUGUUUAAAGAGCUGAAGGAAACACAUGGAAUGAAAGAACUUGUACAAAAGAACAUUCCUAUCGAGUAUGAUGCAUAUAUUUCAUUUUCUAAAGAAGACGAAAUGCUUGCAGCCACCAUAAAACAAAACCUGGAGUUAGCUAAGCCAGAUAUUCGCAUAUUUGAAAAUCAGCAGGAAAUAAACAAGGAAGAGGUGUGGCAGGGGGACAUGUAUGAGGUUAUGAUACGAUGUGCAAGAGUCAUUACAGUCCUUACUCCUCAGUACCUUAGAAGUGUUUCAUGCAUGGAGCAGUAUAACAUGGCAUUGUGUUGCAACCGGACAGCAGAGCGUGAUAUUCUUGCCCCAUUUUAUGUUGAGCCUAUUGAGGUUAUGCCAACAUACAUGGGACUUGUUCAGUAUGUGGAUUGCCUAGUAAAAGAUACUGAUAAAAUAUAUGCGGCCUGUAAACAACUCAGUUCAACACUUGAUGUCAAAGUUCAUGCUGAGGUGGCUUAUGAACGUCCAAAGCUUGAGUAUGAUGUGUUUAUCUCAUACUGUCAUCGUAAUUCAAACAAAGCUGCCGAGGUGAUGGAGACAGUUAAAGCUCUUGAUCCCAAUUUGAAGGUGUUUUUCGACACAGAAGAACUAAAAACAGGAGCCACAUGGCAGCAGAUGUUGUACCAUGCCAUUGACGGCACCAAGUGCUUUGUUGCUGUGGUAACUAAAGACUACCUGAAAUCGCCAGUUUGCCAAGAGGAGUUUAAUCUCUCCUUAAGUAAACAUUGUCAGCAGAAUGAUAAUUUGAUCUUGGUUCCUCUGCUUGUUGAUGAUCUGGAAGAUGUUCCUCUAGAAUUUAAACAGAUUCAACUGGUGAAUGCGACUGGAGAGUUCUUCACAUCAGCUAUACAAUCUACCAGCACCGCCAUCUUGAAGCACCUGAAAGGAAAGCAGACUAAAAUGCAGUCUAUAUUCACUAAACCAAAAACCUCCCCGAAUAUCCUGGAGACCCAAGAGCGGUUGAGGAGAGCAAGGCUGACUGACAGAUAUCCAUUGCAAGCUAACUGGCGAGAUAAAAUAUUCCCGCCAGAUCUGGAAAGUUAUUAUGUAAAAGAACGAGAUCAAGCACAGGAUGAAGACAUUGGUGGUCAAUCUGAUAAAAAGAAUGAAGAAGAUGCAAACAAUGAUGAGCUAGCUGGACAGAAAGAUGACAUAAAAGAAGACAAAGAUGUAAAUUUAAAAACAGGAGAUGAAGAAAUUAAUAAUGAAAAGGAUUUGAUUAAAUUUGACAUAGUAAUAAGCUGUACAGAGCAGGACCUGAAGUUUGCCAGGUUCUUUAAAAAAAUGCUCAAAAUCUUUGCCCCCAAUAUUACCAUCAGCUGUAAUGAAGGUUCAGAUCAGGAAAAGCGUGCAGUACUAGAGAAUGCGUCGAAGGUUGUAGCAUUUGUUUCAUCAAGCUACACAGAAUCACAUUCGCAUAUGGAAGAGUUAAACAUAGCUCUCUGUCGACAUCGUUUUAGUCCUCAACCAAUCCUCUUUGCGAUUCAGCUUCAUGUUCUUCCAAAGUUUCCGUCAUAUGUGCAUCUGAUUCCUUAUCGAUUUUGCGUCAUAGAUGAGUUGUGGAAGCAAAUUGUGAAGAAAGUUGACUGGCAGGGAGCAAGAACGCAUACACUUAUCCUUGCAACCAGGAAGUUAUUUGAGUACAGUAAGAGAGUUUCUGUUGAAGCUGCUAUCUCACUGACGGUUGCUGUUGGGGACCUUAUUCAAGAAUUUAAAAAAACAAGCAAAUCACUGGAGCCUAUAUGCCCUAGGUCAGUACUUGGAAAUUUUGCUCGGUUAGAUGCUGAAGCAAAUGCUUUGCAGAAAGCGCCUGUUGAUGAGCCUGAACUUUCUCAGAUGCUGUAUACUAUUAAAUUACCAAAGAAGGCAGAAAUCAAAGCCAAGAAACCUGAAAAACUGGAAAAACAAUUUGUAAAGAGAAAUGAUGGGAAUGUUAUUAACAGUCAGAAUUCAACAGAGGAACAUACAACAGAGGUUAAUUCACAGGAGACAAGAAAAAAAUAUUCAUGCAAUGCUUUGUAAAUAAGGGUUAUACAGAAGUGCAUUGUUGUAUUCAACAAAAAAUUAAAAAGUACAUAUAUAUAUAUAUAUAUAUAUAUAUAUAUAUAUACAUAUAUAUACAUAUAUAUAUAUAUACAU